CUCUUUCGUCGUGCUGAUACGUCGGGAGAAAUAUCUGGACACCCAUCCAUGGCCGCUCUUCCCGUACAGUUCGCCAUGAAUACUCUCUCUCCGCCGCAUUCCGCCCUGAAGCUCCGCCGCUGCGCAACCAAGGAGCCGCCGUCUUCUUUCAGCGUGCGUUGCUUAGCUGGAGAAAUCGGAGACGAUGGUCCUCCUAAAUUCAUGAAGAAAUCGCCGGCUAAAGAGCUGGCAUGCAUUGCUUGUGGCGUUCUUGCUGCGUGUACUGUUACAUUUGCUUCUCCCGUAAUUGCUGCUAACCAGAGACUGCCUCCCCUUUCAACAGAACCAAACCGAUGUGAGCGUGCAUUUGUCGGUAACACGAUAGGUCAAGCGAACGGUGUUUACGACAAGCCACUUGAUCUCAGGUUCUGUGACUACAGCAACGAUCAGUCCAACCUUAAAGGCAAAACUCUCUCGGCGGCCCUUAUGUCAGACGCCAAGUUUGAUGGAGCCAACAUGACAGAAGUUGUAAUGUCAAAGGCUUAUGCUGUCGGAGCAAGUUUCAAGGGUGUGGAUUUCUCGAACGCAGUUCUCGAUCGGGUCAAUUUCGGGAAAGCUGAUCUACAAGGAGUCGUGUUCAGGAACACCGUGUUAUCGGGAUCCACAUUUGACGAAGCGAAACUGGAAGAUGCGGUCUUCGAGGACACAAUAAUCGGUUACAUCGACCUGCAGAAACUAUGUACAAACAAAAGCAUAACUGAAGAAGGAAGAAGUGAAUUGGGUUGUCGAUGAUCAUAGGAUUUCUUCAGGAUUAUCCGACGAGGAGCUUCUGUAUUUACGCUACCAAGUCUAAGUUUUUUUCCACAGAACAUGAGCAAGCACGUGAAGUUGAAGGAAAGGAGACACAAGAAUGAACAUGACACUGUUUGUAAACCAAUCUAGGCUUUGUCUCAUUAUCUUCUUUCCUAUGCUUUAUACUGUGGAGCUAUAGAUACAUAUGCUUAUGCUGUUGAACGUUUGAUAAUGAUAUUAUUCUUGUUCCA